UCCAGCUGCCGGUGAUGCCCCAGUUCACCUUCGCCUGUUUCUGUGGCCUCCACGGCUUCUGCAAGAUGAAGAGGAAGAAGGAGGAGGCUGGCGGGGGGCAGGAGACGGCCGUGUGAGGGGCGGGACCCCUCCUGUCC